AUGCCCAGCAACGAGUCACCAAAGAUCACCCACGUCAUCUUUGACAUGGACGGCCUGCUGCUCGACACCGAGACGCAGUACGAGAAGGCAAUCGGCAAUGUGGUGGGCGCCUACGGACACGAGUAUCCAUUUGAGUUGAAGCGCAAGAUCAUGGGCCGCAAGGCAACCGAGGGCAUUCAGAUCAUCGUCGACACACUGCAGCUGCCGAUCACCUACGAGCAGUACAGCGAACUGGUGGACGCCGAGUACCGCAAGGUCUUCUCGCAGUACAUCCCGCUGAUGCCCGGCGCAGAGCGGCUGGUCCGCCACCUGUCCGCAAAGGGCGUACCAAUCGCCGUCGCCACCAGCAGCAAGGGCUUCACCUUCAACCUGAAGACGAAGCCGCACCAGGAGCUCUUCAGCCUCUUCCACCACAUACUGAUCGCCUCGGAGGACCCGGAGAUAGUGGCCGGCAAGCCCCAUCCGCAGACUUUCCUCGUCGCAGCGGCCCGCUUCGACGAGGGCAACCGCCCCACGGACAUGUCCCGCGUCCUCGUCUUUGAGGACUCGGUGGCGGGCGUGCAGGCGGCCAACGCCGCGGGCAUGCGCUCCGUCUGGGUCCCAGAUCCGAGGAUGCCCCGGGACGCCGUCGUCGCCUACCAAACGCUCGACUCGCUGGAGCAGUUUAAGCCCGAAGAGUACGGUUUGCCCGCUUAUGAUUGA